AUGCAAUUAGCCCUUCUAGACUUUGAAACCGCUUUCGACUCUCUUCAUCGAGCGAACAAACCUUCCUGGUACUCCAUCGUCGCGGAGCGCGAUAGAGUGCAGGGAAAGUUUGUUCGUUUGCUUGAUGACAUGAAUCAACGAACGACUGUUGCAGUUCGGACACCAGCCGGGUACACAACACCAUUAGAGGUGGGUAAGACAAAGGGCAGUGGCAGGACCUUUGCCAUGUUCAACUUCUCUAUCGACGACAUCAUGCGAAGAACAGUUGAUCAGUGUCCUGCCGACAUCGUCUUAACACCAUCAGGGUGCUCCUUGAUUGACCUCGAGUACACCGACGAUGUUGUUAUAUUCGCGAAAAGCAGUACAAAGCCUCAACAUGUUGUCAACCUUGUAUCGAAGUUGGCUGGAGCCUAUUGA